UGUACUGUUCACAGCUUUAGCGCCACGUGGUGACAAGUAAAUAUAUAAAAUAUCACGUUAUGACAGAAUAUUUGUCAUAAAACAAAUGUUGUUCGAUACCGAUCGUUUUAUGCAUUAGACCGCUUAUGGUCUCCUAGCACACAGAGAACUAAAACAGAGACAUAAUAAUUUGUUAUUCAGAUGUUCUGUCAUCUUCCACAGAUAACUAUGGCGAAUCCAUCAAACAACUUGAUAGCAAAAAUUCUGCCGAUCUGGUUGAACAACUCUUUCCUGGAGAAAGCUCUGAGGUCAGCAGAUGGCGAUUCGAGUCUGGCGGUGAUAUCUAGCUUGGUGACGAAAGCCACGGCUGCUGGUGAUAAUUUUGCUAGUGAAAUGUACAGAGCCACUGUGCAGAUAAAACAAAAAGGUCGAAACGAGGAGCGGUCAAUCAUCAUCAAAGCUUCCCCGACCGAUGGAGGGGAAUUGAACAGGAUAAUGAUAGAGGCUAAUAUAUAUAAUCAUGAAAUAAGUAUAUAUACCAUCGUGUUUCCAGCGAUGUUUCACCUACUAAACAAAAUUUCCACGUGGAAUUACCAACCAUUCGCCGCGAAAUAUCUCUAUUCUCACUCAGAUAAUCUUACAGCAACAUUAGUGAUGGAGGAUUUGAAGACGAAAGGCUUCAAACUGGCAGAAAGAGAUCUUGGACUGGAUCUGAACCACUGCCUACUUGUCAUAAGGAACAUAGCAAGAUACCACGCCAUGUCUGUAGUGUUACACGACAAAAAUCCAGAAGAUUUUAAGGAAUUUAUGUCCAACUUAUUUAACGAUAAAUAUAGAGAGAGUCUAGAGCCUUUCUUCAAGCGUAAUGCAACGAGCAUUGCAAAAGAGGUCGAAACGUGGCCAGAUUACAAGAAUAGGUUUGCAGACAGAAUUUGUAAACUGUCUGGCACGGGUAUGGAUGUAUGGCUUCGUGCAACGAAGAGGAAUGAGGCCGAAUUCAAUGUCCUCAGCCACGGCGACCUCUGGGCUAACAACAUGAUGUUCCGAUACUCUGAGGAAACGGGAGAAGUUGAGGAAGUGAGAUUUAUAGAUUUCCAACUGAGCCAAUGGACUUCUCCAACAGUCGAUCUCCAAUAUUUCUUAAAUUCAAGUGCAUCGCCUGAAAUUAUGGAAAAUGUCGAACUGUUAACUCAAGAAUAUUACGUAUCGCUGAUCGAAGCUCUUUCGCUGUUGGGAUACCAGCAUCUUCAACCCCAGGAGUCACAACUUAAUAAAGAAUUCGAGAAGAGGGGAUUGUUCGGAGUGUUGGCAGCCUUCAACAUCCGAAUCCUUGCUUUGCCUGAUCCAGAUAAAGUCUAUGAUUUUAGCAAACCUGUGAACAAUGAAGAUACCCUGCAUUUCAGCGAAGCGUUCAAAGAAUCUCUUAAGAAAUUGUUACCCAUCUACGACAAAAGGGGAUGGAUCUAAAAAUUCAGUAAAUCGGUUUCAAAUAAUAAAAAUAAAGAACUUAAAUUAUUAGAUAAUUAAAAAGAUUCAUACUAGUCCUUAGGAGUAAUUAUAUUUGUGUGUAUUCGUACCAAGUAUUUAAGGAAGGAUUUUGAAUGAAAUUUGGUAAAGAGAAUCCUUAUUUAUCUGUAAUAAUUAUUUGGAUAUAAUAAUCAAAAAUGGAUGAUGUAUUCUAAAGUAAAUGCAAGUAAAAUAUUAAUAUGAAUUAGUUACUUAACACUAGAGGUUUAUUAGGUUAAAUCUGUUGAAAUUGUAAAUAAUAUAAUUAGAUGGUUAAAUAAACCUGAGACUGAAAGAUUUCGCAAUAUAAA